UUUCCCAUAAAGCAGUGUUUCUAGUCAUUUGUAUUUAAGCCACAAAAGUGACAAUUAACAGUGGAGAAAUCGACAUCGAAGCAAUGGGUGGCUCGUCUCCGGAAAAGACCAUUGAAGUAUUAACGGACGUUCGUGAAAUGAGAGAACCACCGAAAAGCCAAAAUAUUUACAGAAACAUGUCUGAGGAAUCACAGUUUCAGUGGUAUUACAAAAUACAAACUUUGCCUCGUGUAAAUGAAGAACGUUUAAGAAUUCUAAAGCAGUACAGAAAGUUGAAGUCACAUUGGUUGUAUCUUGGAAAAAUCAUCAACAUUUCCGAAUUUCUAAUUGGCACAGUAUGGUCGUAUUUGAUGCUGAUUCUGUUCUCGGAAACAUUUUCGGAUUACACUUUCAUGUUGUUAAACAAGGGUAAAAUAUUGAAUGAUUUCGUGUGUCAUCAACUCGACUUCCUGGAAAUUCAGUUAAAAAAGGCUGACACCAGCGCUUUAUACCGCACUGGUGGAAUGUUAAAUCGUUGUGGCUUGUGUAUUUGGUUAUCAUUUCGCAUUGCGUUCUUUUUUCCUCGAAUUUAUUGGAAAAUGUUUGUUUCUUUUUAUAAUAUUUUACUAGAGGAGACAUCAGAAGAUUACAAGUUAUUUAGAUGUACAUUUUUUACUCCACCAGUUGCCGCCCUUCGCAAAAGUUUGCGAAAAAACAAAAAUCGAUCUCCAAGCAGAAAGCGCAAGCAUGAUGACCUCACAGCUGGAGAACAAAGUCUGCCAGAGUAUCUUGUUUGCAUAAAAAAUUAUUCGGAAGAAUGUGACCCGGAUUAUAUUCCCGAUUCUGAUGGGGAGGAUACGGAAAAUACAUCUGCAAGCGAGAGAAGUCAUAUUGAAAGUGAAGCAGAAGAUGAAACUGAAGAAGAAGAAGAAAUUGAAGAAACAAAUAUUGAGUUACAGAAAGAAGUUCUCGAUGUUGAAUCUAAUGAAAAUGUUCCAUUCGUGUCUUAAUGUGUAAAUGUUUAAUUGUAUAUGUAAAUUAAAAAAUCUACAAAUAUUUAGAGAAAAAUAAAAUAUUUCAGUUGAAAA